AUGGCUGCAUAUGCCCAUGAUGACAAGCUCUUGAUACAUUGCUUCCAAGAUAGCCUCAUUGGUGUUGCAGCAAAGUGGUACAUCCAAUUGGACCGUAAUCGAAUCCACACAUGGAAAGACCUUGCUCGGGUGUUUGUAGCUCAAUAUAAGCAUGUUACAAAUAUGGCUCUGGAUCGCCUUUCUUUACAAAAUAUGGAGAAAAAACCUACUGAAAGCUUCAAAGAAUAUGCUCAAAGAUGGAGGAAUAUGGCUUCUCAAGUUCAACCACCAUUGAUUGAGAAAGAGACUACCGUGAUGUUCGUUAACACCUUACGAGCCCCUUACUAUGAACGAUUGGUCGGUAGUGCCACAAAGAACUUCGCUGAUAUGGUGAUUUCAGGAGAGAUGAUAGAGACUACCAUUAUGCAAGGGAAGAUAGAAGGAGUUGUGAAUAAUGCUUCACAAAGCCCAUACCUAUAUCCACCAAUGCCAAAUGCCUUUUCUAACCUGUACCCAUAUGCUCCUAUCCAAUGGACACCUUACCCCACAAAUAUCCACCCACCUACUUUCACACCCGUUACAGCUUCAACCACACAACAGAUAACACCUUCAAACAACCAUACUAUCGGUGAAUCAAGAGGUUGGCGAAACAAGCAAGAAAAAGUGCAAUUUGACCCAAUCCCAAUCCCAUAUGCUGAACUCUUCACUCAGUUAAUUGCAAACCAUCUAGUGGCACCUUUAUACAUAGAGCCAUUAAAACCUCCAUUCUCGAGAUGGUAUGACGCUUCCGCCCAUUGUGAUUAUCAAUAUGGAAUCGAAGGUCACUCGAUCAAGAAUUGUACAACAUUCAAACAUAAGGUGCAAGGGUUGAUCAAGGCAGGAAUCCUGAAUUUUGGAAAGAAGUCGAAAUAUAAUGUUAACAACAACCCAUUGCCAAAUCAUGCUAGGGCAGGGGUAAAUGCAAUCGAAGGGGAGGUGUAUGUUAAAAGCAACAUUUGGGAAGUGGAAACUCCUAUGAAGAAAGUGUUUGAAGCCUUGGUAAAGGCCGAUAUGCUCGAGGAAGUGCAAGGGAUGAUUGAUGAAUCAAGGAUUGAAUUCUACAUGGAAGCCUUAGGGCCAGCAGUAAACAUGAUGGCUAAAGAUUUCACUCACCCAAUGAAGAUAAAACCUUUAACCAUUUUCUAUGAACCUAGAGGAGAGUUUGUGGAAGACAGAACCCAUGCCAAAAUGACCAUUGAAGUCCCUAAACCUUUCUCCUACAAAGAUGACAAAGCUGUUCCGUGGAACUACAAUUGCAAUGUACAAGUUUCAAAUGCGGGGAAAUAG